CUAAUAAAUAUACCCAGCUGUUGUAUUUCAAGAACUAGAUAUUUCUUGCCUGCCGGUCCCGGCAGUCGCACAAUAACGUUUUCUUUGGUCGCGUGUAUCUUCGGAGUGUCCAGUGUAUCUAUAGUUUUAGUUCAAAUCUGUGCGUUGGUUGUAUCAAAAACCUUUAACACCGGCGUCGCGUCGUCUAACAUUCAAAUUCAAAGUGAAAUCAAUUUUCUAGGAGCAUAGUGUGUUAAUUAAAAGAAAAAAAUGGCUAUGAUUCUAGUUUUAGCCUGCUUAAUUCAAGCAGUGCUAGGAUCAUCUUACAAUCAUUACAAAUUGCCUGAAUCCAUUCGACCGGAACAUUAUACACUUGAGAUCAUCACUCAUCUUGAGAAUCCAGAAGAUUUGCGAUUCGAAGGAACUUCUGCAAUAACAUUCAAUGUACUCGAGGAUACCAAUAACAUAACCUUGCACGCUAGCAAUCUUACCAUCGAUCAGACCAAGAUAGUCAUCUCAAAAGAUGGCGAAAAGAUGAACUGCAUCAAAGACGUCGAAGUGAAUAGCAAACAGGAAUACUACAUAAUGCACUUGUGUGAGCCCUUAACCAAAAGCAAAUACUUGAUAGUGAUGCCAUUCAAUGCUAUUUUGAAUAAAAACCUUCAUGGAUACUAUAGGAGUAGUUAUAUUGACAAAGCCACAAAAGAAAAAAGGUGGUUAUCAAUUACACAAUUCGAACCAACCUCUGCUCGUUUGGCUUUUCCAUGCUUCGAUGAACCGGAAAUGAAGGCUAACUUUACAAUUAUGUUAGGCCAUGAGAAGAAAUACUCUGCUAUUAGUAACAUGCCACUGAAAGAAACUAUGGAAAUGGAAAAUCAACCUGGUUGGAUAUGGAGUAAAUUCCAAGAAUCAAUUCCAAUGUCAACUUAUUUGGUAGCCUAUUCGGUAAAUGAUUUCAAAUACAAGGAAUCCAUGGUCAAACUGAAGAACGAUGUUCUUUUCAGAACAUGGUCUCGCAGUGAUGCCAUUUCCCAAGUAAGCUACGCUGCCGAAGUCGGACCACGAGUACUUGAGUAUUACGAAGAUAUUUUCGAUAUAAAAUUCCCAUUGCCAAAAGUUGACGAGAUUGCUAUUCCUGAUUUCUCUUCGGGUGCCAUGGAAAAUUGGGGAUUAGUAACAUAUCGUGAAACAGCUUUAUUGUAUGAGAGAAAUGUUUCAUCAGCUAGCAGUAAACAUCGUAUAGCGUCGGUGAUUUCUCACGAACUUGCUCACCAGUGGUUUGGAAAUUUGGUCACAAUGAAAUGGUGGACUGAUUUAUGGUUAAAUGAGGGAUUUGCAACUUAUGUAGCCAGUUUGGGAGUUGAACAUUUACAUCCAGAAUGGUCUUCAUUGACGGAAGAAUCUGUCGAUAAUACUUUGCAUAUUUUCAAAAUUGACGCUCUGAAGAGCAGUCAUCCAGUUUCGACAACCAUUGGAGAUGCAAGUGAAAUUUAUCAGAUUUUUGACUCGAUUUCUUAUGAGAAAGGAUCUUGUGUUAUCCGGAUGAUGCAUUUGUUUAUGGGUGAUGAAACUUUCCGAAAAGGAAUAACUAAUUAUUUGAAAGAACAUUCUUAUGGAAAUGCCGAACAAGACAAUCUUUGGGCAGCUUUGACAGAGAGUGCUCACAAAACUAGAACCAUACCCGAAGACUAUAGUAUUAAACAAAUUAUGGAUUCUUGGACUCUUCAAACUGGUUAUCCGGUUAUUACGGUUACGAGAGAUUAUACAAAUGGAACAGCUUCAGUAUCACAAGUACGGUAUCUCUUGGACUCUCAAACCUCUCGUAGCAGUUAUGAAAGCUGCUGGUGGGUUCCCCUUAGUUAUACGUCAAAAUCGGAGUUGGAUUUUGAAACAAAGACUCCCAAACAAUGGUUGGAGUGUGAGAAUAAGAAAUCGGUUCCAAAGGUUAUUGAAAACAUGCCGGGACCAGAUGAUUGGGUAAUUUUCAAUAUUCAACUUUCCGGGCUUUAUAGGGUCAAGUAUGAUACUAAAAAUUGGGAAAUGCUUAUUGAAACCCUAAUGAGCCCUGAUUUUGAAAAAAUCCAUGCCAUGAACCGAGCUCAGCUUAUCGAUGAUGCUUUAGACUUGGCUUGGGCAGGAGAUCAAGACUACGAGAUCGCUAUGAGAUUGGUUGAAUAUUUGGCUCAAGAACGUGAUUACAUUCCAUGGAAAUCAGCAAUUGACAAUUUAAGCGGAGUCAACAAAAUCUUGCGUCAAAGUCCAGAAUACGAAUUUUUCAAGAAAUAUAUGCAAAAAAUCCUGGAACCAAUUUACGAACAUUUGAAUGGUUUAAACACCACAAAUGUCUCUUCAGACCGUUUGGAUGCCAUCAAACACAAAGUUAUGAUUGCUGCAUGGGCUUGCAAAUUUGAAGUUAGUGAUUGUAUUCCACGUGCUCAAGCUUACUUCACCAAAUGGCAGAGUUCGGAGAAUCCGGAUAAGAACAAUCCAGUUCCAUUAGAUCUUCGUUCGGUCGUUUAUUGUACAUCAAUCCGUAAUGGUAAAGAAGAUGAGUGGCAAUUCCUUUGGCAAAGAUAUAGAAACUCGAAUGUUGCUUCUGAAAAGCAAACUAUUCUAUCUGCUUUGGGAUGUUCCAGAGAACAGAAGAUUUUGGAGAAAUAUCUUGACAUGUCGUUCCAUGAAGAUUCUGACAUUAAAAAACAAGAUUCAUAUGUGGCUUUUGGAUCAGUGGCAAGAGGUGAAGUUGGUUUUCCUUUAGCCAGGGAUUUCUUUAUUAAAAACAUUCAAAUGAUUUAUAACUAUUACAAUCCCGAGACAAAUAGACUGGGACGAUUGUUUGGCCCAUUAGCUGGACAAAUGAGCACAGAUGGUGAAUUCCGUACAAUGAAAGAGUUUGCUGAUACAAACAAAGCUUUAUUUACCAAGGCUUCACAAUCAGUCGGCCGAUCUUUGGAAUUAAUUGAGAUCAAUGCACAAUGGAGGUCGAAAAAUUUCCGAAAUCUCUCAGAAAAGCUAAAGACUUAUUCAAAGAAAGUCUAAAAAGGCAGAUGGAAUUAAAUUAAGAGUAGUUUAUAUUUUUUAUAUAAAAAAAAAACAACUUAAGAAACAAUUUGUACUUAAAUUUUUUUAAGCAUCACAGCUAGGAUAGAUUCACAUAAACCGGAUUAAUCAAUAAAACCAUAUUUAUUUUUCAAAAUUAAAA